CGCUAUAGAAGCCAUUGAUCUCAGAUGCAAAAUUGACGAUUUACUAACGGAGGACGGACGGAGAAGCAGCAGAAGGAGAAGAAUAAGAAGAAAGAAUAACAGUUACAGUAUCCUAUCAGAACAAGACAAAAAUAAAAAUUACAAACAAAAAAAGGAGGAGGAAAAAGCUGCAAAGCACAUGACUUGCUUAGAAGCUUUCAUUAAUAUUUCAUUUUUCCUGAAAAGAAAAGAGAGAAAAAUUGCCAUUUGGAUUAUAGUCACUCAUUUUUAGACUCCACAGUACAGAAAAGUUAAUGAUUUUAUUUAAAGAAUCAAGAAAGAGAUCUCUUCUCUGUUUAUUGAGAUAGAGAGAGAGAGAGAGAGAGAGAGAGUGUGUGUGUGUGUGUGUGUGUGUGAAAUCUGCAAAAGGAAGUGUUUGGUUGGUGUUUGGCAUUUACUCUUAAAACACGCGAUUCCUUUCUUCGUGUCUCUCUGUCUCUCUUUGUUCAUAAAUUAGGAAACUGUUUCUUUCUUUAAUUCGAUUUGGUGAGAGAUCCGCGUGGUGGCAUUUUGUGAAACUUUAGUGGCAAAUCUCGAAGGUAUUCUCUUAUGUUUCCAUCUCCGCAUCUGCAAAUGCGUCUUUAAGCAGGUGAUUGAAGGGUUGUUCCGGUGAUUCAUUUUGAGGUAAUUAUGGCGGGAGAGUUUGAAGAACCUUAUAGCAUUAGCUUUCAGACAGAUUCUUUGCACUCUGGCUCUAUAUCAUUUGGUAGAUUUGAAAGUGAAAACUUGUCCUGGGAAAGAAGAUCAUCUUUCUCACACAAUAGAUAUCUUGAAGAGGUUGAGAAAUACUCAAAACCAGGAUCAGUUACUGAGAAGAAGGCUUAUUUUGAAGCCCAUUUCAAGAAGAAGGGUAUGCGGCUCCCAGGUUCAUUUGAGGGCCAAACUGGGGGAGAAUACCGCAGUGAUAAUGAUGUGUUUGAAAACAUUGGCCACAAAGAUGAAGAAGAUAUGAAUGGGAGUAGCAAUUAUGACCAGUUUGAUGACGGUGUGCUUGAGAAUCUGGAGUAUACAGAAUUUGACGACCAAUAUGAGGGAGGUCAGUUUGCUCAUGCAAAUGAUGCCAGCAGCCAGUAUGCUCACUUUGAUGAGAGCCCUGAAAGUUCUGAAUAUCGUGGAGAAUGUGAACUAAUGGCAUGCGAAAGAGAAGGUGCUGGUAUUUUAUCAUCUGAAUCUCAGAGGGAAGGUGCUCUGGUCAAAGCUAAUGUUUUGGUAGAAGGUGUACUUGAAAACAUUAUACAUCUGGAAGGGCAUGAAAAUGAGACUGGAUUUGAAAGCAUUGAUAUUCCAGAGAUGGGAAUAAAAGAGCACCUUGAUAAUGACAGUGCUGCUAGUUCGGACAAAUCACCUAGGCCAAUUGACCCAUCACCAGAAAGCAAAACAUCUGGGAUUGAUACAACUAUUGCAGUAAAUCAGCAUACUCUUUCUCCAAAGUUGGUAGCUACAAUGGGAAGUAAACAUGUGAAGCCCAAAUUGAAGUCUCAAGUUAAUGUUAAUCAAGUCCAGAAAGGAAAUUGUAAUGAUUCAUUAAAAACAUUUGCAAAGAAGCAGACUAGAGGGGAAAGUGAAAGAGAGAGUCCGCUGAGAAUGAAAUCAGAAAAGCACUCACCUCAAGCUGCCAUUCCAACUAGACGUGUGCUGCCUAGAACUCCUAAAGGAGAGGAUUCUGAAAGUUGUACUUCAAGAUCAAGUCUUGCAAACAAAAGUGAAAAAGAACCAAAGCCAAAAAAAGGAGUUGAAUCUCAAACUUAUGGAUCAAGGAAAGUUGAGCCUCGAGUGCACCAGAGCAUAAACAGAGUUAAGCAGACUGUUAGCUCAGCUAAGCCAGAUACAAGGACAUUUACUGCAGCUUUCAGUUUCAAGAGUGAUGAACGAGCAGAAAGGAGGAAAGAGUUCUACAUGAAGUUGGAAGAGAAACUGCAUGCUAAGGAGGCGGAGAUGAAUCAGAUUCAAGCAAAAACACAAGAAAAGACAGAGGCUGAGAUUAAACAACUCCGAAAAAGCCUUAAUUUUAAAGCAAUGCCUAUGCCUUCUUUCUAUCAUACUACUGCUGUAUCUCCAGCAUCCAUUGGAAAUAAGGCUACAUCAUCUAAAACUAAACCAGCUAAAAUACAACAGAAGUCAACAAGUCCAGGGAGCGGAGCUGCUACAAGAUCACAAUUGCUUCCCAAGGCAGGAACUGGCCAUGCUGUCUCUGCUGGUGAACCUGUGAAAACAAUAGGUGGUACUGUCUCCUUGGCAAAAGCUGAGAGCCAUGCAACGGAGACUUCUGAGGCUGGUGAAACUCUGCCACUGAACAACAGCACCCCCCACCCAGAAGCUGUAAUGAAAAAUGGUGAAAGUAGCAGGGAUGCCGAGAAGGAUAAGUAUAGUUAUCUGGAAAGACAUCGACCGUCUGAGAAUGGCACAGUGUUGAAAGACCAGAGGGCUGAGGGCAAGCCAAAAAUAGGAAACCGAAGAAAUAGCAGCCAGAUGGUGAGGAAAAGUAAUAAAGGUGUUGGAAUUGGCAGCAAUUCUGGAAUGGGUCGUGUUGCUGUAGGUGUAGCCUCCUGAGGUGAAUUAUGUUCUCCAUUGAAAGAUGCAACCACGUUUACCUGUGAUGACGAAGUUUUGAAUGUUUGACACAGUUAUAUGAGCAGAAGCGCGAAUAGAAUGGUGGUAUGAUUGGGCAAUGUCCAAAAUAUGCUCUAGCAGGACAAAAAUUACGGACGCCUUGCACUGAACCGUGUGGAUAUAACAUUUCCCUUGUGUCGUUGCUCGGCACUUAUAUGUGCAGUAAGAACUGUGCUAUGUAGCUAGCAUCAAUAAUAAUAAUAAUAAUAGGAAUCAUUUUAGUGAA